AUGGCAUGUAGGAGGAGGCUGCUGCCCUGUGCAGGUUUGGGGCUGUUUGGUGUCCUUUGCUGGGUCUGGGUGUCCUUUGCCUCCUUUCCCGACGACCAGCUGCCCCUGGAAGUCUUUGACACCGUGGAUCGCGGCGCCUUUCUACCCCAAAGUGCUUUCCGGGAGAUGGAGUUUGCAUCUAUUGCUUCGUACAAAGGACCCGGUAACACUGACGGCCGCAGUAACAAGCAGCUGCCCAUUCUGCUAUGGUGGAGCGCGGGGCUUUUCCCACAUUUCCCGGGUGACACUGAACGCAUCGACUGUGCCUUGUCCUCCUGUCUGGUCACAAGCAAUCGCAAGGUCCAGCUGUACAAGAGGACAGCAUCCAUCAUAUUCUAUGGGACAGACUUCAGGGCGUAUGAGGCGCCGCUUCCUCGUCUCCCCCAUCAGACCUGGGCCCUGUUCCAUGAGGAGUCCCCCAUGAACAACUACUUCCUUUCUCACGCACCUGGAAUCAGGCUGUUCAAUUAUACAGCCACCUUCAGAAGAGAAUCCGACUAUCCUCUGACCCUGCAGUGGCUGCCAUCCCUGGAUUACCUGCUGCGGCCUGUGGCUGUGUCCCUGGAGGAGAAGAACCGCCUGAGGAGAGAGGGCAUGGCCCCAGUUCUCUACAUGCAGUCUCACUGUGAUGUGCCAUCAGAUAGAGACAGAUAUGUCCAGGAACUGAUGAAAUACAUUCAGGUGGACUCCUAUGGGAAAUGCCUAAAAAACAAACCCCUACCAGAACACCUGGAGGACACGGCCACUGCGACUGGCGAGGAGCCCGGGUUCAUGAAUUUCGUGGCGCGAUACAAGUUCCACCUGGCCUUUGAGAAUGGCCUGUGUCCAGACUAUAUGACGGAGAAGCUUUGGCGGCCUCUCCACCAGGGCUGCGUGCCCGUCUAUCGAGGCUCGCCUGCGGUGGCCGACUGGAUGCCCAACGGCCACGCCGCGAUAAUCAUCGAUAACUUCCCCUCACCGAAAGCCCUGGCCGACUUUCUGCGGCAUCUAGACGAGAACGAUGACGAAUACACAAGAUAUUUGGAGUUCAAGAACCUCAAAAGCAUCACCAACACUCGCUUGCUGGAGGCGCUGGAGACCCGAGAGUGGGGGGUGAAUGACAUGAGCAAGCCCAACUACUUGAACGGCUUUGAAUGCUAUGUGUGCGAUCAGGAAAACGCCCGGCUGGCAGCAGAGCGAGCGCAUAGGAAAGACCCCGAAAGGAACCCGCCCCCUCUGCCUAAAAUGGCUUCGAACUCCCACAUGGGCUGCCCGCUGCCCAGCCCCGGAUACGGACAGGUCCAGGACCUGCCAGCAGAUGAUGGAUGGUUGCAAAUAUGGCCUCAGGAUUACUGGCAGAGCCUGGACCAGGCAGAGGGGCUGGAGUCUCUGAUAAGACAUAACGAAUCCGACCCCUCUCUGCUGUGGAGGCACAUCCAAAGCAUUACGGAGCGCCGAGCCAGAGGAAAACACUGA